AUGAGCCAAUACAACAAUAACGGCGGCUACCAGCAGGGUGGUUACCAACAAGGUGGCUACCAGCAAGAUCGCCCUCACGUUGGUGAGGCCAACUCAUACUACUCUUCCCAAGGAGGUCCUGAGAACUUCUUCCAGCACGGCCAAGGCCAUCAGGGAUACGGUCAACUUCCUCAGCAUCACCAGCAAAACUUCUCGCCUCUCCCUCACCAGAAUCAGGGCUACCGUAAUGAUGGCCCGCCUGGUUCCGCUGGCCUGGAAGGUGAGGAUGGUGAGCGUGGUCUAACGGGUGCAUUGGCCGGUGGCGCUGCUGGUGCUUUCGGCGGUCACAAAGUCGGCGGCAACUUUGGCCAUAGCAAGACAAGCACCUUGAUCGGUGCCGUUGCCGGCGCUUUUGCCGGCCACAAGCUCCAGGAUGGUGUAUCUGACUGGAAGGACAAGCGCGACGAGGAGAAGAAGAAUGACCACAAGAAUGACCACGACCGGCCGCAUGAUCGUCCGGAGGAGCACCACCACGGCGGCCACAACGACGACAAACCCCGCAGCGGCAACUACGCCGGCGGUUUCACAGGCUCUUCCCGAGAUAUCCGCCUUGAUGCACACGGAGAGUACAACCUCCACGCGUCGUGCAAGCGUCGCGACGGCGAAUGGCAGAGCAGCACCAUUAGCCUGAACCGCAUCCUCGAAAAUGACCAGGGUAGCUUCCGCUGGUCUUCUGGAAGCAGCGGCGGCGGUGACUCUUCCGUCACCGUUCAGCAGGGUGACACCCUCCGCAAUAUCGCCGCAAGAUUCAACGUCGGAUUUGAAGAGAUAGCCAGACUCAACAACAUCCCCAACCCGGACCAGAUCUGGCCUGGUCAGGUCCUUCAGAUCCCAGGCCGUGGCGGAAGCUCUGGUGGCAACUUUGGUGCCUCUGCUCGGGAUGCGCGCCUGGUGCAGGGUGGCCAGGUCCUUGAGGCCGAGCUGUCCCGGAACGGACAGUGGGUCCGCAGCUCUAUCAACUUGGACGAGAGAAUCGGAAACAACAACGGAACCCUGCACCUUGUUUAG